GGACUGCGCCAAGUUUGCAACACACGCUACUAUUGUGUCAGGUUCCCAAAUUUUAGUUUUACCUAAUGGUCAAUGGGUGAAUAUAUCCGAAGUCCGCUGAUAAGAUUAAUGUAUGAAAAGUUGGAUCAUCAGAAUAAACAUUCAAACUCAAAUCAUGAUUACGUAGUUAUGUUCAAUUAUUUACAUAAUAUAUUUUUUAUGAUAUUUUCAAUCUAAUAAAUGCAGUGGUAUGAUUAUCGUGCUGAAUAUGUAGAUUUUGAAUUACGGAAUAAAUUUAUUAAGUCGAAUCAAGACGAAGAGACUUGCAAAUUUUUGGAAACUUGCUAUAUCAAGUCUGACUGGUUAUUCACACACUUUUAUCAUGCUAUUGCAAAAGCUGUUUUAACUUGGUUCAUGACUUCAACUUCAAUUAAUGGUUUAGUUGGUCGUGGUUCUAUGUUUGUUUUCUCAUCCGCGCAAUUUCUUCGCUUACUUGAUGUUGAUAAUGACUACAAGACUAAUUCCUUACUCGACUUAGGUGCUGGUGAUGGCAAUGUAACAUUGAAAAUGGCUCCUUACUUCAAAGAUAUUUUUGUUACAGAAAUAUCUCCAGUUAUGCGUUGGCGUCUAACUAAACAUGGCUUUACAAUAUUAGACGUUGAUUCUUGGGACAAAAUGAAUGCACCUGAAGUCCCAACUCAUUUUGAUGUUAUUAGUUGUUUAAAUUUAUUGGAUCGUUGUACAGCUCCGAUUACCUUAUUGAAACGUAUUCAUAAAGCUUUGAAACCUACAACAGGAGUUUUAAUCCUCGGAAUAGUUUUGCCGUUGAAACAAUAUGUUGAAACUACUCGUGAUCAACGUCCUACUGAAGUGCUUGAUAUUAAUGACAGUGAAUUAUGGGAAAUACAAUUGUCUAGUCUAAUUAAAAAUAUUCUUACACCAGCUAAUUUCCAUGUUGUACGUUGGACACGUCUACCGUAUUUAUGUGAAGGUGAUUUUUCUAAGUCAUUCUAUUAUUUAAAUGAAAUUGUACUUGUCUUGCAAACCUCAGUAUCCGGUGCUUGAAACUGAAUAGUCCUUUUCCAAACAACGACAAGGUUUGAUUUCGUAAAGUUUUAUAUUAAAUUGAAAUUUUUCUAAUUUUGUUUAAAUGUUAUGAAUUAUUUUUUUUGGUUAAUUUUUAUCAAUACUUUUAUCACCCUAAUUUUUUUGUCGGUUAACUUUAUUUUUGUGAAAAUUUCAAAUGUACAUGAUUACGAAUAUUAUUACUAUUGGCAUUGUGUGAGUACUUUCACCGUUUAUUCUGAAAAUAAAUAAUUUAAAUUUAAA